AUGGUUACCAAGAAGAAAGCACGAAAAAAUGAAGAUUUCAAAAAAGUCAAACUGAAGGUUGGAAAAAAGCUGAAGAAACAACAACAACGGACACAACUAUUAAAGAAGGUGAAAAUGAACGCAAUUCAAGGACUGAAACAGAUUCUCACAUCACGACCGGAUCUUGUGAAUGUCCAAUUGCGUCUACUAGUUCCAUCAGUUGUUGUUCAUGUUUCCGAUGCUUCGUUUGAGCCUCCGACUCGUCAAAAUCUUCUGAAUCUGUUCAAGAUUCUUUGCACUGCUUCUGUUCAAUCAAUGUCGGCACAUAUUACACUCUUCCUGGCGCAUGUUUUACGAGCGCUCACAAAUAUUGUCACCGAAGUUCGCCAUUUGGCACUCAACGCGCUCUCCAUACUUUUGGAUCGAUACCCGUCACUUUGUCGGAACCACGCUGAUCUCUUCCCUUGCUUCAUAAAUUAUCUCGGAAGUUCGAAACGUUUAUCCUGGCACAAAGCAGGACUAAUUGAUACGAUUCUGAAUUUUAUCAAUGUAUAUGACAUGAAUCGAGAGCGAAAAAUGGAGACUACCGAGCUGAAAAUCAAUUUCGAAGAUGGAAAAAUGGAAGGAGAAGUGAAUACGAAAAAAGUUUUUAUCCAGAAUCCAGACGCUAGUCCGUUCGAUUUCGGUGUCGUUAGUUCAUCGAAAUCCCAUGCAGUCUCUCCGUUCGAAUUGCCAGAUGCUCUUCUGAAUUUAGCCAAUGUCCUUGCACCGAUCAUUUCUAGUAUUAUUCUGGAAGAUGCUGGUGGUCAGUUCAUGGUUCAAGGAGUGAAACUGAUCGAAACCAUUGUUAGAGGAGCUGAAAAUCAACCCAAUGACUUUUUGCUCAAAGACUUUAGAAAGCAAGUAUACGAUUCGAUGUCAAGUGUCCGAAUCGCCAUUUCCAAACGGCAAGGCAAAAGUGAUCGAUUCAGAACGGCUGCCUCGUGGCUUGUUACUUCUUCUGACCACUGA